GAACCAUCCCCCUUAGGGUCCCCUUCGACGCCCCUUGGACUCUCGGGAGUUCCAUGUCUUUGGGGCUUGGCCCGACGGCUGCGUUGGAAGCCUCUGGUGCACCAAGCCGAUGGCUUCGCGUUCGACAAAAGCUGUCAUACACCGCGAAGGAGGAAUACACAACACCAGCGGAAGAGCAGCACAUCAAUUCUUUGUAUACUUGCCUGGAGUAGUUCCUCUUCUUUCAGCUGAGAACACUUACUAGUAGUAACAAGAAGCUACUAGGAACAAGUGCAUCGCUACUAGUAACAAGUGCCUUACUAGUAGUAACAAGAAGCUACUUCGUGUCCCUUUGUGCAGGAUUUGUGCUCCAAAGAUGGCGAGGUGAUGGGUCCGAGAGACCCGAAACGGACGCGAAACGGACCGUUGGACCGGAGCCGACGGAACGUCGGGCCCCACCUGUCGUUGCAGGUUGAUCAAUUUUGAGUCACAGCCACGGCAUGAGGGCAUGGGGCGGGUAGACCACCUUCCGAUCGCUCCAACAGGUCCGGCAUAAGGCCGCAGAGGCUUUGGCCUCGCUGUGCAAAGGUGAGCGCUUAGCAAAAGCCUUGGCGGGAAACUUGCCACCCAUGCUUCGCGGAAGCUUGGCGGAAGAAGGCUUGAAGAAGGGUUAACAAACAUCCCAUAGGAAUCAUCACAGGAGAGUCUUAAUGUGUCUCAGUUGGUAGGCACAGUACGCAGACCAAGUUAGGAAGACUGAGUUUUUCAGGAACACUGAUUGAACUUCAGGCGGGACAAGCAAUGGCAACAAACAGCAAGGCCAUGCAAUGCCCAUCUUAAUUAAUGUUGAAGCUUCUUUGGUUUGUGCGCCCAGCAAGCUGUGAAGACUUUGGAGCUUUUGGAAGCUUGCAUGUCGAAUGUCAGAUGCUCAAACACCGUGCUUUGCCACUCAAUGUGCAAGUUAGUAAUAUGCGUAUCAAAUGCAUCUAUAUAGUAUACAGAUCUACUCUGCACUAUUCCACACUGGACUGGCGGUUCAGUCACAGCAAUGAAGUCACUCCUGUUAAAAAGUAAAGGUUUUAGACGUUGGUGUUUCAUUCUGGAAUUAGAUGAGAUCACAUGCGACCAAGUUGCACUCGCCUUGACUGUAAAUUAAAGGACCGGAUAAUCCCACAUGUGAAGUUCAUUGUGGCUCAGGAGGAACGCAGAGAUGAAGAAAUGAUUAAGUGGAUGGAGUGAGUAGUUGAAUGAGUGCACAACCUCCCAUCCCUGCGAGCAAAACGCAGGGAAGCGCAAGGGCAGGAGGCCAGCCAUCCACAGGCCCAGGUGCGUCAGCAGAACCUCCCAACCCCUCAAGAGCAAGCAGAGCACAUGGAAACGCAAGGGCAAGAGGCCAGCCGCUCAGCGGCCACCCAGGCGUGUCAGCAGAAACUCCCAGCGCGGGUGAGGUAGGGAGUGAGGGAGUGGGAGAGUGAGGGGAGGUGAGGCGUGGAGCGGAGCGGACGGACGGAGUUUCUAAUAGCUUUUUGUUACCACUAGUAAGGCACUUGUUACUAGUAGCGAUGCACUUGUUACUAAUAGCUUUUUGUUACUACUAGUAAGGCACUUGUUACUACUAGCGUGGCACUUGUUACUACUAGCUACGGAAUAGUUUGUCGCUUUGGCUAAGGCUUAAAAGCAGGUGAAGAUGCUCCGGUAAAGCUGGCCAUCCUGGGAGCUUUGCGAUCCAUCGCGGAGAAGAACGAUGCAAUAGCGGUGGCGCAGCAUUCAUAUGCUUUACUACCAUGCUUGAAGGAUGAAAACAUUUUGGUUCAGCGAAAGGUCUCAGCAUUGUACAGGGUACUGGCAGAGGAGGGUGCUGCGGCAAUGGUGGCAAGAGAUGUAACCAGCAUUAUGCACUGUUUUGAAUCUACUCAGGCAAGCAAUUCUUCGCUGUCUGCACCUUUAGAAGCGCUGGCAGCCAUUGCUUGCGCGGGAGAGGGUGCAGCAGUGGCUAGGGUAGUUGAACGUCUUCUAAUUGGUUUGAGGGACCCCCGCCCGAAGAUUCGAUGUGGCACCUGCACAACAAUGGCGGCGAUUGGACGUGGAGGCGCCAAAGAACUUUUGGGUUAUUUGGGCCUUGUGGAAGAUCCGGAGGCAAUUGCAAACGCAGGAACACUGUUCGAGAUGCUGGUCUGUGUGGCCCUUGACGACAAGGACGAGACCGUCCGUUUGGCUGCAGCUGAUGCGCUUCGCUGCUUGCCCGAGGCAGACCCAGACACCUGUGAUGAGACGCGACAACGGUUUCCGAAGCUGGUUGAGCGUGUGCGCAAGCUGUACUCCGGGUAUGCCAAAGGGGAAACAGAAGAGAUCCUCUUGAAUGCGCUGGGCAUCACCACUGGCGAGGCGUGCGUGAUUUGUCAAGAUCCUUUGCAUUUGGAUGGGGGCCCACUGGAAUUGCGAUGUGGCCACAUCUUUCACAAGAAGUGCUGCGAAUCCUGGAUAGAGUGGGUCAAACGAUGCAAUCGGACUCCCAGCUGCCCACUUUGCCGAGCACAUAUAUUUGAUGCGUGGGGGAAGAUAAACAAGUAAUCAUUUUCGAUCUGACUUAUGACUCACCACCCGGGUGAUGAUUACAUGUAGCAGCUGCGUCGCUGUAGGUUUACCUUGCAAAUGAAGCUAAGCUCUUCAAAAGAUGUUUAGGAUGCUUGGAUAACUUCGAUUUAGGAGUAAAGUUUUGAGCUGCCGGGAACUGCCAAGCAGUCGGCUUUGAUGAUUCAAUUUAAGUGCAUUGUCCAUGCCAUGGUCCCUUGGGCUGGUGUCCGGAGACUAGAGGCCAUGUUGCAACUGCGUUGAUACUGCACGCUCGCUCAAACUUGUACAGUUCCAGAGCUUGAGCUUACGCCUUGAAAGGUGAGGGGAGAGUGAGAGAGAAAGUGAGAGAGAGGAAGGGAAGGAACGUAACAGAGAGAGAGGGAGAGUAGAACACGAAAAACGCAGGCUGUUUUCUGAAAGUCGCGGGUAAAGUAGG